AUGAUGGGCUGUUCCUCGUCCAUGCAUUCUACAGCGAACUCACUCAGGGCUGAUUUUCAAACCAGUAUUUCCGACAAACAGAAAUUAAUAAUUAAAAGUACAUGGAAUACAGUGGAAGAGAAUCGAACAAAAGUUGGAAAACAAACUUUCUUAAGGUAAGGAUGCUUUGAACAUUAAAUAAACGGGUUCAAAAACACUGUUGUGGAUUACCUUGAAUUAAAGGACGCAGUUUUUGUCUAACCUAUGAGAAAUUGGUUAAACAUUUGACUUGUUUACCAAGCUGACUCACGGUGAUGCCGUAAUACUUUGUAUCACAUUUUUUUAUUCUGGGCUCCAGAUAAAGUAGGUUCUUAUAUCAUUACAUUUUUCCCACAAUUUGAUUUGAAUUUUGUAGGUAUGGUUCUAGUGCAUGAUUUAGAAAAACAGGCUCUUUUAUUCAUUUUCAAUGACCUUAGAAUAAACUGUAUGAUUAGUUUAAUCUACAUACAUAUUGCAAUUUAGGUUUCAUUUCCCAAAAAUAAAACAAUUUCACCGGUAUUUUGUUCUUGGAUCACUGGCUUGGUGUAUUUAAAAAGGCAAAUUUUAUGUAAUAUCCCUUUUAAUUUGCCUGCUUAAAAUAGUGUUACGCAAGCCAUGAAUAAAAAAUUCAGUAACUUUUUUUGGUCUGAAACGGGAGCCUAUAUCGAGGAAGUAUGUUGGUGAUUCAAAGCUGUGUCAUUCUUAAAUAUCUUUUGUUACUUGACCGAGAGGCGAUUCAUUCUGUCUUAAAAAGUAAACAAAUUCUAAGCAAACUGCCAAUACGAAUUGCAAAACAUUCUCUUUUAGAUCUACACAACAUCCUCUCUCGUAUAAAUGAAUUCGUGAAAUGCAUUUUUAGGGCAGGUGUUUGUCGAGGAAAAUAAAUAACUCAAGCAAUCAAUAUUUUUUAGCUUUGAAAAGUAUUUUGUUUUCCUGUUGAAAGCUUGGUACAAGCGUAUAGGGAGAAACGACACAACUUGAACUCAACAUGUUUUAGUUGAGAAUGAUUCUUGUUUUACAUGUACUAAUUAAAGUAGCAUAUUAUUCCUCAUCGUGCAUCGCGCUGUCUCCGUGUGACUCAUAUGCGAUAAAUAAUAUUGAUACAAACGGUUGCGACAGACGCAAUUACCCCUUUGAAUUUUAACUAGGCUUACAUAGUUUGUAAAAAUUACCUAGCUGACUAAGCCUGCGAGAGCAUCCGGUAUUUUCGGCUCUAGUUUCAGCGGUUCGCAGGCUACUAGCUGACUUUCAACCCAUGCAGUUAAAAUAUAUUUUUAGCACAGAACAAAGGAGAGCAUUUGGUUUUCCACUUCUCUUUUGGCGCUUCGUUGCUAUUGAAAGUGCUUUAAUUUUUAUUUGCGCCCUACCGGUUUUCAAUUAAGCAAGACUAAAGUUAGUGUUAUUACUCUAAAAAAUUAGGAAAGACAGAGGAAUAUAAUGAACCAAUCAAAAAUCACAGUCAAUACUUGCAGCGGUCGUCAACGGCGUAAAAGCGCAUGUGAAAAAUCGCAAGUGGUUCUUACUUUUUUCUGAUUGGUUAGAAAUGUGUCGUGAGAUUUGUGAGCUAUGUCAGUAAUCAAAAUGUGUUUCGAUGCAAAACCGGUGUAACAGCAUGCAAUUAUUACUUUCGAAACUGAACUAAAAAGAGCUGUACUCGACAAUGCAACAAGAUUAACAUGCUCCUCUAUCAUUUGUGCAGAGUUUUUGAAGUGAUGCCCGAGUUAAAGACCAAAUUUCCAGGCAAAGUUGACAUAGAACAGCUCAAAUCCACGCGUACAUUGUACGGUCACAACAAAAUAUUAAUGAAGAGCAUCGAAAAUGCAGUGGCCUCUUUGGACGACAACGAAAGUUUCGUCACAUACCUUGUGGAACUGGGCCGGCGACAUCAGGUCAGGCCGCUCAAAGCACAAUACUUGGAGGUGAGUUUCCCAUGUUUCAAUUAAGUUAUUAAAUUUUUUGAAGAUAAAAGAAUAAACAAGCAUUUCCUUGUGAAGUGUGAAGUAUUAUUCUCUUUAAAUUUUAAGGUAAGCAAAGGGCAGAGACAAAAAAAUCGUUUAUCGUGUCUUGUUUGCAUAUCUUACCCGAAAAAACUGCAAAUUCUUUUCAUUUGUAAUUUCUCCUUCAAAAGCAUUUUCCUUGCGAAGUCAAAAAUAAAGGUCACACCAUUUAAAUAUCAGAGACCUCGUAGUUCUACUCUGAGUGUUUGAUAUGAGAUGAAACACUCUGUCUCGUGUUGAUAUACACUCAGUGCUCUCAAAGACGGACAACACUCAAUAACUUUAUAUAUGUAUGCGAACGACUAAAAGUUAGGAUCAUGAUAUUAGGGGCAGUUUAGUUAUCAAAAAAUACGAGAAAUAGCGUACAAAUUAUGCAUAUAUAUAUAAAUAUUUGAGCCUUGAUUAACUCCGUUUUCUUUAUUCCACAAUUGUAUUGUUCAUGUGACACUUAUCUUAAAACGUUUCUUCAAUCACUCUGAAUUAAAAACUUUUAAUUUUCUGCAAUACCAUGCUGUUGUAAAAUCAUGAAUGUCUUUCUCUAUUUAUAAUUCAUUCUCUGUAGGUUAAGGUAGGGUGGCACUUCGUGUUUAAUUAUAUACACUUUUUAUUUUUGUAUCUAUGUAUUUAUUUUACAAAUUUAUUUCUUAUAUAACUGUUAAUCACUUUCCAGGUUAUAUAUGAAGCACUGAUGUUUUCAUUUAAAGACCUUUUCCAAGAGCAGUGGAUUAAAGAGACUUCUGAUGCUUGGGGAGCCUUAUUUCGAUUUAUGUUUGAAGCAAUCAAAACAGGCCUUCACGAUACUUAA